AUGCGAUCGAUUCUUAAAAAAAUCUUCAUUACUACUGGUGUAUUCUUCCUUGUCAAUGUAAUUCUAUUAAUAAGUCUUAAAGGUUUCCAUGCACCAAUGAGUAAACAUGAACCGGGACCACCUAUCGAUAAACCAAUUAAUCCAAAGUUUCCGCCAUCUGUCAUAUCUACUAAAUCACAACCUUCAAUAUCGAAAACUAAUACUAUUCUACCGGUUGUUGUUUUUGGUUGUAAUCGACCACGUGCUCUUCAAACACAUGUUGAAGCACUACUACGAAUUCGUAAAGAUCCAGAAUUACAUCCAAUUAUAAUCAGCUUAGAUUGCCAUAACGAUGAAACAAUUCAAGUUGCUAAAAAUUUUGGUGAUAAAAUUAAAACAAUUAUUGAAUUACCUGAUCUUGGUCCUAUUCAUGUUCCUUCACAAUUUGAGCAUAUGUCUGGAUAUUAUAAAAUAGCACGUCAUUAUAAUUAUUCAAUUAAUUAUGUUCUGAAUAAACUUAAUUAUGAAGGAAUUAUUAUUACUGAAGAUGAUUUGGAAGUAUCACCUGAUUUUCUUGAUUAUUUUCAAGCACUUUAUCCAUUGUUAAUACAUGAUAAAACAGUAUGGUGUAUAUCAGCAUGGAAUGAUAAUGGUAUUGAUAAAAAAACUGCUCGAGAACCAACUCUUCUUCAUCGUACUGAUUUUUUUCCUGGCCUUGGUUGGUUAUUAUCACAAACUAUUUGGAAUGAAAUCAAAGGAACUUGGCCAGCAGGUUUCUGGGAUGAUUGGAUGAGAUUACCCGAACAACGUCAUGAUCGUGUUUGUAUUCGUCCAGAAAUCUCACGAACUGCUAUAUCACCAGAGGGUAAAAAAGGUGUUAGUCAAGGACAACAUUAUGAAAAAUAUUUGAAGAAAAUUAUUAAAAAUACUGUUCCUGUUGAUUGGAAAUCUAUAGAUAUUAGUUAUCUUAUUAAAGAUCGAUAUGAUCCAGUCUUCCAAGCUCGUGUUGAUGCUUGCCCAGUUAUUACUAUAUCCGAUUUAGGACAUUUAAACAAUGAUAAGAACUGUGCUCAAUUACGUUAUAGCAAUAAUAAAGAGUUUAUUACUAUUGCCAAUACAUUAGAAAUAAUGAAUGAUUUCAAGAGUAAUGUACCACGAACAGCUUAUCGUGGUGUAGUACAAUGUCAAUAUGGUUCAACAACGAUUUAUGUGACACCAACUCAACAACCGUGGAAUGGCUAUUAA